AGCGGCCGGGCCGCGCCUCGGCACCCGGUGUGUCCGGUUCCGCUCCGGGCGGCCCCGCGCCCCUGGGCCCUUCCCCAGGCAGCUCCUGGCGCCCCGGGUGGGUGGGCGCCCCGCUUGGCCUGGGGUCCCCAAGGGCCGUGGACCGCUCCGCCGCCUCUCAUCUCCCCCUCCCAUCUCCACCCGGAUCCCGGGAGCUGCGGGCCCGGGGGAGCGAAGUGGCGCCUGCGGGCGCCGUGGAGGGGCGGGCGGGCAGGUUUGGGGGACCCGGGAGGCCUCCUCGCCGCGGAGGACCCGGUCUGUGCAGGACCCUCACGGCCAGGCUCCGUCCUCCAGAAGGAGGUCCAUCAGCCGGCCUGGGUCUCCGCGCCGGCGCGGCCCGUGGCUGCACGGUGAGCGCCACCGGGGAGGGCGGAGGCCGGACGGAAACCGAAGGCGGGAACACCGUCCCCGCGGCCUGGGCGGGGCGGAGAGCGCCACCUUCUGCCGGGUCCUGGGCCGGCACCGCCGCCCGCUCACGCUCCAGCCCCAGUCCUGACAGCGCAGUGUGCAGGGCGUCCUGCAGGAGCUGUGCCGGUCUGGGUGCUUUUGCCCAAAGACCCCCUUUGGGAUGAAUUCAGAGCCACAUCUCACUUCCCACGAGACUGGGAGAACCAUGUAGGAGGAAUUGGACAAAAGCUUUCCACAUCUGUGCAUUCCUUUGAAUCCACAAAAGGACCUUAAAGAAAGCACUGGGACCGCCGGAGAGAGAAGGCGCUCUGGCCGGAGCACGCAGGAUCCUUUGCCCAGCAGGUUGGAGGAGGCGGAGAGCGGGCAGUGCACAUGGCCCUGGUGCCCUACGAGGAGUCGGCGGAAAUGGGGCUGCAGAAAUUCCACAAGCCUCUAGCCACCUUCUCCUUCGCAAACCACACCGUCCAGAUCCGCCAGGACUGGAGGCAGCUGGGAGUCGCAGCCGUGGUCUGGGACGCGGCCGUCGUCCUCGCCACGUACCUGGAGAUGGGAGCCGUGGAGCUCCGGGGCCGCUCCGCCGUGGAGCUGGGUGCCGGCACGGGGCUGGUGGGCAUCGUGGCUGCCCUGCUGGGUGCUCAGGUGACUAUCACGGAUCGAAAAGUAGCACUAGAAUUUCUUAAGUCAAAUGUUGAAGCCAACUUACCUCUGCAUGUCCAGCCCAGAGCCGUGGUGAAGGAGCUGACCUGGGGGCAGGAUCUGGGGAGCUUUUCACCCGGAGAGUUUGACUUGAUACUGGGAGCUGAUAUCAUCUACUUAGAAGAAACGUUCGCAGACCUUCUUCAGACUCUGGUGCAUCUCUGCGGCAGCCAGUCCGUGAUUCUCUUAGCCUGCCGGAUCCGCUACGAACGGGACAGCAACUUCCUAGCGAUGCUGGAGACGCAGUUUACCCUUCUUCAGCAGGCUGUGUGGGGAGCGCGGGAGAGGAAGCCAUAACAACGCCAGGGGCGAUGGUGCUAGUGGGCGCUGUGCGAAUCUGGUAUGUCUGCACAUCUCCAGAGGCCGCUGGAAAGAAAACGGUGAAUGUGCUGUAAGACAUGGAAGCACUGUGCCCUGUGAAACUAGGUAUGCAAUCAUCAAUCUAAACAUACAUUUUGGAUUAAAGGAGGGUUCGGGGGGAGAGAAACAUGAUUCUGACUAAAAUGGUGAAAGAAUCAGCAUUACUGAGAAGUAAUUACUGAGAAAUAAUUCCCAACUUAAUGUAUUUAUUAGUAUAGAGCCUGGGGGGAGAGGUCUUAACCUACAUCUGGUGGAUUUUUAAUUUAUAUUUCAUUGGAAUGCAGUUCUAUUCUGCUGUUAACAUGCUUACCAACCUUAAGUCUAAAAGGUAAGCAGGGCACAGCUUGGUUCAUCUUCCUAGAUAUAGUCCUCAAUGUCUUCCUUUGAUAUUGGUAAAUUCAUAUUAAAAAAUUUCAAGUAGACUCUUGCCACGACAUAAAAACGACCAUGAUUUUUUCAUCAAAUAGCAAAAUAGAAGAAAAAAUAAAGCAUUAUGGUCAACUAUUAUAAAUUUCUAAUUGACACAAAACCAAGUAUGAAAAAAUAUACCAAAUGAUGACAAUUAUAUCAUCUGUAAACAUUGUUUAAUGUAUUAGUUAUUCUUCUAACUAAAUGAUCUAUUAUUUGUGAAAAGAAAUAUAAUCACUACUGGUCAAACUGCUUCUAAAAACAGCUUAGUAAUAUGCCCUCGUAAGAAUUAGGAACCUAACUUUAUCUGAGAGAAUUUGAAGGACUUUAUAAAAUUAUCCAUAUUUGUUAAUAUCAAUUAAAAUGUGUAGUUUGAGUGGAAAAGAUUUAUAUACUAAACAUGUUACCAUCUUCAAACUGACGUUCAGAAUUCAAAUUCACUGACAUCCUGCUUUACAAUUUUUGAGUACCUGCAUGUAAAGUGAAAAGGUGUUUUACUCCCAUUAACAAGCAAAGUAUUAUCUUCUUCAACUAUUAUUUUUUAGUAACAGAAUAUAUUCUGUAAAUACAUUUGGGCCCUUUAAGUAAAUUAUGACUCUCUCUAAUUGAUGUUUUAGAAUUAUUUAAAAAUUAUCUUCCAUGAUGAGGGGAUGGGGCACAACUGUCAUUAUCUAACAGAGGCAAAACAUAUUAAUAAAAACAUUUUCAGAAACAUUUUUUAUUUCCUCAAUAUGCAAAUUUCCAAUCUGAUAUAAACCAUGUAUUAAAAUAUUAAAAUAGUUUAAAAGAAAAAUGAUCAACUCUUAUCCAUAAAAGAUAAUCCUGAAACAAAUCGGAAAAACAAAACUAAAUUAAAUUAAAUAGAAAAAAAAGCUAUUACUAUAAUUCAUCAAGGACUUAACUACUACUUUUCUACAUAGACCAGCAGAGUUACAUACCGGUAUAAGCUUUUUCAGAAUACAAUGCUUUCAUUAGAAACAAAAAGCGAUAAUCUUAGAUGAUGAUGAUAUAAAUUUCUUUUGAGUAAAACAGCAGAGAAACAGAAAUUUGAAUCUCCAGUUUCUUAUCAGUACAACUCUCUCAUUUGACACAUGAAAAAAAAUGAGUCCAGGGAAGCUGAGUCUUAUUCCAGGUCACAUAGCAAAUCUAUGCAGAAUAUAAGCUAGAAUCUAGCUUCCCUAACUCCUGGUUUUAUUGUCUUUCCAUUUAACCUACCCCAUUUCUCCUAUCCCCAAAUUCUAGAGGUGUUAAAAAUAGAAGUUAUAUUUUUAAAACUGAAAAUAGUUGUUUUUAUGCCAUGACAUUUUGGUCUAACUAGAAUAAUGGAAGAUUUAGUGGAAAAUUUAUUUAUAAUGAAGAAAAAUUUACAUUUCAACAGUGUCUUACAGUAUUAUACUUACUUUUUCUGAGCUUACAAACUUUCAGCCUCUCAAAGAAUGGACCAUACCUGUGAAACCUGAAUUCACUUACCUUGAACAACAACUUGGUUGCUGGGCACUAAGAUCUGCUGUCCGUCAGUGGUCUGCGCGUACUGCAGAAUGGUGGUGCCCGGCUGUGUGGCGGCUGCGUUGGUCAUGGUUAAUGUUUGCAGGCCCUGCACCCCAUCGGUACCAUUGUUAGCCAGUUGUAUUGCUCCUCCCUGGGUAAUGGCAACUAAAACCCAAUGAAUUUUAUUGUUACAAGUUUAAUUAAUACCAUAUAGGACUUUUCCAACACACUAAAUUCAAAGUAAUUUGUGAGACAUAAACUCGGAGAAACUAUAACAGCAAAUAACACCGGUAAGAAGGAUUUGGUACUCGGAAGUACCUUUCUGCUCAGGAAACCCACAAUCAAUUUCUGUAAUAUAAAUGCACUCUAUGUACCACAUUAUAAUUUAUAAUAAUGUCUGUUAAUUUUUUAAAAAGUAGUUAAAUGAGAAAACAUAAGAAUUCCUUUGGAAGUUUUUUUGGUUUAGAGGAGGUACCAUACUUGCUUUAUUCUAGCACUACCUACCUAAUAUUCUGCUUAGUAUUGGCUAUCUCACUCAAUUUCCUGAGGAUAGGAAAUGUGGUUUUUCUUCUCUACUUACAUAUUCUUAUUGCAAUAAUGGGCAUGUAAUAGGCACCCAGUAAAUAGUUGUCUUAAUACAUAAUUAAUAAAGUAGCUCAGUAGUACCUUCUUUUCUCUAACCUGCUAGCAAUACACAACCAUAACAAAAGUCCACUCAAUGAAACAACUGAAAUGUCCCAUGGAACUUAAUUAUCAGUCUCUCAUGGAUUUUAAAAUCAGAGCUUAAGAUCAUCAUCUAGAGAAAAA